GGCGGCAGUAGAACCAAGGGAGAGACAUCCGUGGCUCCGCAAUGGCCUUUCUUUCCCUUCCCAACGCCAUCACUUCUUCCUUCUCUCAACGUCUCCAUUUUUGUCCUCUCUGCAAAUCCUUUCUCCCCGUCUCCUUCUCCUCCAACAGAUUUCCCUCCAUUUCCAUUCUCAGUUCCACCAAGAUGGAAGGAAAUGAAAUUACGGAAGAAGUUGCAGAGAAACAGAUCGAGGACAAUCUAAAUAUGAAGAGAAAGAUUUUUGUGGCCGGUGCAACCGGAAGUACUGGAAAGAGGAUUGUGGAGCAGUUGCUAGCUAGAGGCUUUGCAGUCAAGGCCGGGGUUCGAGAUGUAAGCAAGGCUAAAACUACUCUUUCCCCAGGCAAUUCUGCUCUUCAAAUUGUAAAAGCGGAUGUGACUGAAGGCUCUGCAAAGUUGGCAGAGGCCAUAGGUUCUGAUUCUGAAGCAGUAAUUUGUGCGACGGGCUUUCGCCCAGGAUGGGAUUUAUUUGCGCCAUGGAAGGUUGACAAUUUUGGCACUGUAAACCUAGUUGAAGCAUGUCGUGAGCUGGGCAUAAACAGAUUUAUUCUGAUCAGUUCUAUUUUAGUCAAUGGAGCUGCGAUGGGACAGAUUCUCAACCCAGCUUAUAUCUUCUUAAAUGUCUUGGGACUCACCUUGAUUGCAAAGCUUCAAGCAGAGCAGCACAUUAGGAAAUCGGGUAUUAACUACACAAUAAUAAGGCCUGGAGGUUUGAAAAAUGAGCCUCCCACUGGAAAUUUAGUCAUGACACCAGAAGACACUCUUUAUGAAGGAAGCAUAUCAAGAGAUUUAGUUGGAGAAGUAGCUGUUGAGGCAUUGGUUCAUUCCCAAGCCUCUUACAAGGUUGUCGAAAUAGUUUCCCGAGCUGAUGCACCAAAGCGUUCGUAUGAUGAUCUUUUUGGCUCCAUAAAGCAGCGUUAGUUGAAGAUGUCUUAUCCUCGGAAUUGAAGUGCAUGAUAUCUUGCUUCCUGGUACCAAUGCCUCAUUUUCCAAGCCCCAUUGGGAUAUUCCUGCUAUAUUUCAUUGGAACCUUUAAUAUUAAUAUUGUUGUUUUCAAAAUUUAUUAGAGAAAUAUUGUUGUUUUGAAACUUAUUAGAGAAAUAUUGUUGUUUUGGGAGUUCGAGGCUA